GUAUUUACAGUGCGUCUGACAUACCUGUGCUCGGUGUGCGUGGGUCCGAAGGCGCUGUAACUGAUUAAACCCGAAGGACUGACUACAUCGCAUGGAUGAUGGGUAUCUCCUUGUGUUGGAGGCGACCAUCCGCAAUGGUGGACGAUAAAAGAAUGAGAACUACUUCAGGUUUCCUGUGGCUCUUAUCAGCAUUGAUUCUUCUGUGUCUAGUGAAUCAAGUAAAUAGCCAAAAAAAGGGGGCUCCUCAUGACUUGAAGUGUAUCACUAACAACUUGCAAGUGUGGGACUGUUCUUGGAAAGCACCCUCUGGAGCAGGCCAGGGUACUGUUUAUGACAUUUGCAUUGAAAGCAGGUCUCAUCCUUGUUAUCGAUUAAACAAAACAAAUAUUAAAAUUCCAGCUCUUUUACCUGGUGAUCAUGAAAUAACAAUACAUUCUAUACAUGAUUUUGGAAGUUCCAGAAGUAAAUUCAUUCUGAAUGAAAAAAAUGUUUCCUUAAUUCCAGAUACUCCAGAGAUCUUCAAUUUGUCUGCUGACUUCUCAAACUCUACCUUGUAUCUGAAGUGGAAUGACAAGGGUUCUGCUUUUCCACAUCACUCAAAUGUCAUCUGGGAAAUUAAAAUUCUACGUAAAGAGAGUAUGGAACUUGUAAAAUUAGUCACCCUCAAUACAGCUCUGAGUGAUGAAGACACAGUGCAUCACUGGAGUUGGGUUUCAGACAUGCCCUUGGAGUGUGUCACUCACUAUGUAGGAAUUAGGUGCUACGUCGAUGACCUUCAUUUCUCUGGUCACAAAGAGUGGAGUGACUGGAGCCCAUUGAAGAACAUUUCUUGGACUCCUGAUUCUCAAACUAAGGUUUUUCCUCAAGAUAAAGUGAUACUUGUAGGCUCAGAUAUAACAUUUUGUUGUGUGAGUCAAGAAAAAGUGUUAUCAGCCCAAAUUGGCCAAACAAGUUGUCCCCUUAUCCAUCUUGAUGGGGAAAAUGUUGCUAUCAAGAUUCAUAACAUUUCUGUUUCUGAAAAUAGUGGAACAAAUGUGGUUUUUACAACAGAAGAAAACAUAUUUGGAACAGUUAUUUUUGUAGGAUAUCCACCUGAUACUCCUCAGAAUCUGAAUUGUGAGACACAUGAUUUAAAAGAGAUUAUAUGUACUUGGAGUGCAGGAAGACCGACAGCAUUAGUGGGCCCACGCAAAACAAGUUACACUUUGUUCGAAAGUUUUUCGGAAAAACAUGUUAGAUUUAAAAGAGUUGACGUGUCCACAAAAGAAAGCUAUCAGUUACUCUUUCAAAUGCUUCCAAAUCAAGAAAUAUAUAAUUUUACGUUGAAUGCUCGGAAUCCUUUGGGCCGAUCAGAAGCAGCAAUUUUGGUUAACGUAACUGAAAAAGUUUAUCCCCAUACGCCCACUGCAUUCAAAGUGAAGGAUAUUAAUUCAACAGCUGUUACACUUUCUUGGCAUUUACCAGGCAACUUUGCAAAGAUUAAUCUUUUAUGUCAAGUUGAAAUUAAUAAAACUAAUUCAGCACAAGAAUGGCGGAAUGUUACAAUCAAGGGAGUAGAAAAUUCAAAUUAUCUUCUUGUUGUGGACAAAUUAAACCCAUAUACCAUAUAUACUUUUCGGAUUCGUUGUUCUACUGAAACUUUCUGGAAGUGGAGCAAAUGGAGCAAUAAGAAACAACACUUAACCACAGAAGCUGUUCCUUCAAGGGGACCAGAUACUUGGAGAGAGUGGAAAUCUGAUGGGAAAAAUUUAAUCAUCUAUUGGAAGCCUUUACCCAUUAAUGAAGCCAAUGGGAAAAUACUUUCCUAUAAUAUAUCAUGUUCAUCAGAUGAGGAAACACAGUCUCUUUCAGAGAUCCCUGAUCCUCAACACAGAGCAGAAAUACAACUUGAUAAAAAUGACUACAUUAUCAGUGUGGUGGCAAAAAAUUCUGUUGGCUCAUCACCACCUUCUAAAAUAGCUAGCAUGGAAAUCCCAAAUGAUGAUCUCAAAAUAGAGCAGACUGUUGGAAUGGGAAAGGGGAUUCUCCUCACUUGGAACUAUGACCCCAACAUGACUUGUGACUAUGUCAUUAAAUGGUGCAACUCCUCUCGGGCUGAACCUUGCCUUAUGGACUGGAAAAAAGUUCCUGUAAACAGCACCGAGACUGUGAUAGAAUCAGAUCAGUUUCGGCCAGGCGUAAGAUACAAUUUUUUCCUGUAUGGGUGCAGAAAUCAAGGAUAUCAAUUAUUACGCUCCGUAAUUGGGUAUAUAGAAGAAUUGGCUCCAAUUGUUGCUCCAAAUUUUACUGUUGAGGAUACUUCUGCAGACUCAAUACUAGUGAAGUGGGAAGAUAUUCCAGUGGAAGAGCUUAGAGGCUUUUUAAGAGGAUACUUAUUUUAUUUUGAAAAAGGAGAGAGAGACACCUUUAAGAUGAGAGAUUUGGAUUCAGGUCGUUCUGACGUAAAGGUUAAAAAUAUUACUGACAUAUCCCAGAAGACACUGAGAAUUGCUGAUCUUCAGGGUAAAACAAGUUACCAUUUGGUCUUGAGAGCCUACACGGAUGGCGGAAUUGGCCCAGAGAAGAGCAUGUAUGUGGUGACAAAGGAAAAUUCUGUGGGAUUAAUUAUUGCCAUUCUCAUCCCAGUGGCUGUGGCUGUGAUUGUUGGUGUGGUUACAAGUAUCCUUUGCUAUCGGAAACGAGAAUGGAUUAAAGAAACCUUCUAUCCUGACAUUCCAAAUCCAGAAAAUUGUAAAGCAUUACAGUUUCAAAAGAGUGUCUGUGAGGGAAGUAGUGCUCUUAAAACAUUGGAAAUGAAUCCUUGUACCCCAAAUAAUGUUGAGGUUCUGGAAACCCGAUCAACAGUUCCUAAAAUAGAAGAUACAGAAAUAAUUUCCCCAGUAGCUGAACGUCCUGAAGAGAGCUCUGAUGCAGAGCCUGAAAACCAUGUGGUUGUAUCCUACUGUCCGCCAAUCAUUGAGGAAGAAAUACCAAACCCGAUAGUGGACGAAGCUGGCACCGCUUCACAAGUCAUUUACAUUGACAUUCAGUCAAUGUAUCAGCCUCAAGCCAAACAAGAGGAAGAAUCAGAAAUCGACCCUGUAGUGGGGGGAGGCUAUAAGCCGCAAAUGCACCUCCCCAUUAAUUCUGCUAUAGAAGAUAUAGCUGCAGAAGAUGACUUAGAUAAAACUGCAGGUUACAGACCUCAGGCAAAUGUAAAUACUUGGCAUCUAGUCUCCCCAGACUCUCCUAGAUCCACAGACAGCAACAGUGAAAUUGUCUCUUUCGGAAGCCCAUGCUCCAUUAAUUCCCGACAAUUUUUGAUUCCUCCUAAGGAUGAAGACUCUCCUAAAGCUAGUGGAGGCGGGUGGUCCUUUACAAACUUUUUUCAGAACAAACCAAAUGAUUAACAGUGUCACUGUCACUUCAGUCCGCCAUCUCAAUAAGCUCUUACUCCUAGUGUUGCUGCGUCAGCACUGGGCGUUCCUGGAGGGAUCCUGUGAAGUAUUGUUAGUGAGGUGAACUUCACUACGUGCAAGUUACACUAAAAGUGUUAAUGUGCUUUUAAUAUAGUAUAAAAGCCAAAGUACAGUGACUCAGAAUCCUCAGUUCACAAAACUCAAGAUUUGGAGCUAUUUGUGAUCAAGCCCAAGAAUUCUCACGUGUUCUACCUUCAAGAAGCAUUUCAAGGCUAAAAUCACUUGGUACCUACAUGCAAAACAAAUCCCACAGCAACUAUUUUCUGUCCUGUUGUUAAUGGUUUUCUCAUAUGUAUACUUUAUGAAUUGCAGCUGGGUUCACAGGCAAGGGAGAAAAAUGUCAAAGUAACCAAUGAUGUUUAUUUAUCGACAUUUACUCCAUUCUAGAUGAAAACCAAGCACAGAUUUUAAAACUUAAAAGGUUAUUCUCCAUCCACAGAAUUUUAAAAUGAAUAUAAUUUUCAAUGUAGUGACAGCUAUUUAGUGUUUUGUUUGAUAAAGUAUGCUGAUUUCUGUGCCUACUGUAUAGUGGUUAUCAAACAGUUGUCUCAGGGGUACAAACUUGGAAAACAAGUGUGACACUGACCAGCCCAAAUCAGUAUGGUGUUUUCCUGUUCUCGUAGGUUUUUCAGACCUUUGUAUUAUUUUUUUAACUUUCAUGCUACCUUUCAUUAUUGCAGUUGAUUGCCCUCAUAUUUGAAAUUUAAAUCUCCAAGACUGUAGAUCUGAGUUCUAAAAAUCCAUUUUAUUUUCUGAUACAGUGUCAGCUUUUCCUGAGCAAACUCAAUAUUUGUCAGCAUAAAUUCCAAUAAUUUACUAUGCGAGAUGACUACUAAGCAAUAUCUCAUGGCACUAGCCGUCCAUAGAGUUCUGAUUCAGUUUUCGUUCCUCCUAAGAAGACCAUUUCAUUGAGCCCGGUCACCAGGGCAGUGAUGUUCUUUGGCCUCCUGUCAGGUGUUCCUCCAGCUCACGAGUCUCAGCACUUCUUCCCUCUUAAAUGAACAUCAGUCCAGACUAUCUGGUUCAGUCCUCAGUUUUUAAAUAUAACGCUAAAAAGAGAAUGCUGCUUACAGGAACAUUUACUCAAGGGCUAUUUCAUAUUAAAUGUCAUAAAAUCCAUUCAAAUCAGUGAGCAUCUGAUAUUACAGGUGCAGCAGUUGUUUGCUGAGCUGGACAGUAUCCUCUGCCUACCCUUGUUUCUCUGAGAAUGAAUGUGGUUCUUGGAAAAGCAGAAUGAGACACUACAAAGUGCAUCUUCUGUUUUCCCUCCACUUGGGUUGUCUCUAUAUUUUGUCUUUUCAUAGAUAAGGCAAAAGUACUUGAAAAUUGGAAAUAUCUGAGUAAGUUAAGAUGUGCAUUUUUAAAUCAUCCGAGCUUCUAUAAUGUAUUUGCAAAUAGUGGAUUAAUGUUUUUUCCCAGCUUCUUAUCGUUUAUAAAACCAUGUUGUGGAAAAAAGAAUCAGGAAGAGAAGGGACACAAUCAGUUGAGGAGCUGUGUGUGUAAGUCCUAAUUUCAACUGCUAGAAUUCAGUUAGAUUUCUGAUAUAUGGAUAAGUGAAAGACAAUGCAAUGAGUUAUGUACACACAUAGUAUAUUAAAGCUACAUACUUGCUCAUAGAAAUUUUCAAUAUGGAAAAAUAUAUCAAACCAGAGCCAUCACUCAGCAGUUUUCUCUUGCCUUCUGUUUUAUCCUCUGCUCCUUCCCUUAUCUCCCACCUAAGACAUGCAGACCUGAGGCUGCCUUCUGUCUGUGCCAAAGCUUGUCAUUACCACACUCCACCUGCCCUCACCUCCUGCUUUGUUUCCCUUUGAAACCUAUCGAUCCCAUACUCUCUCUUUAGGACAAGGAUAAAUGUUGGUUAAAGUAAGUGUAUUGGUCUAAACUACUGUAACCUGAGGUAACAGGAACGAGUCAGAAGAGCUUAGUUGGUCUCUGUCGUCGAUAUAUACACAUUUCAACUGUGACCAUUUAGAUUCAGUGCCCUUUCUAACGUUUGUAAUGCUCAUCUGUUUGGCUAAUAGUGAAUUUCACCAGGGCUCUUGAAUCCUUUCAUUCUAAGACUUGGCAACUUUUCCUGUAUGAGAAAAGUUCAGAGUGCUGCUUGUCUCUCCCCAGUUCUGGAGUUCUGUACACAAGGAUCACAAAGUUAAUGAGAAUAAUUGGUAAUACUCUACUAGUCUGGGCAAGCUCCUUAAUAACUUGUCAUAUGCUAGAGAAUGUGGUUUAGGUCUGAGGCCAAAGCAAGUUUCCCUCUUUUCCCAUUGAAUUGAAGACAGCCAGACCUUUGUGCAGAUCAAGGUUAUUAUUACAUUUCAAUCCCAUCACCACCUGUGCAUGAAAGAGAGCUUCAGCACAGAGGGAAGGGAGAGAAUAAACUCUCUUUGUCACAUACUCAGUUGUCUGAGACACUAGUAAAUGAACCUUGUUUGUAUGCAGGGAACAUAUCCACAUGCGCGGUCUAGGGAUUGUGCUUGCUCCAGUCAGAUUAGCUGCUUCUCCUCUGAGGAGGGGUAAUUAAGGACUAAUUAGAGAGGGACGCUAAAUUUGUUUCUUCCAGGCCUUCUGGCUAGAAAAGUAAUUGGGAAAUUCCUCUGUUCCUCAACAAAAGCCCAAAUCAUUGGUUAGAAAAUUUGAAAUGUCUAAACUGGAAUUAUGUUCCAUUAUGCCUGCUGAAUUGCAUCUAGGACAUGUUUUCAUCUCUUUUGAAAGCCAAUUUCAAAUCAAGCUUGUGAGAAAUGAACAUUCUGGGGGUCAACCUGACUGUAUCUUUAGAAGCUAUUUUAAAUACUAUUUAAUCUAAAAAAUUUUCCUGAAGACUUAGCUAGGCUUUUGGCAUUAGAAAGAGCUUGUGGAUUAUGUAUUGCAUGGAUUAACACACAUGUGAAAUCUAGUCACCCGUUUGUCGAACCCGUAAAGCCCUGGUGACCUGUAGAGAUGAUGACCGUGUGUAUCUGGAUAGUUGAAUUUGGGUUUAUGUGCUUAUGUGAUAGAGGUGCUUUGUUCCUGCAGCUUAGAAACAGAAGCAACCAUUCACUGACAAGUUUAAGGGAGGAAGUAACAGCCUCAUUUUCCAUACCAGCAUUACUUUCACGGCUCAUGGAUCUCUGAAGGAUUGCAUUUAAAUCUAACACUAUUUGCAGUCUGUGGUAAAAACUCACAUUCUCAAAACUUCACAUAUGUUGUGUUGGAAAUUAGUCUCGUGACUCUUAAAUUGCCUUUAAUACCGUCCAUAUUUAAAGAAGAACACUGUCUUUUCUGUAUGUGAAUAAUUAAAUGUAGGAUAGUGAAGGAAUUUGAAAUCAGUUUCAUGGUAUUUUGAAAUUAAAAUACUCCUGAACAUGGCACUAUUCAAAAAAAUGUUAUCUCAAGGUUCUCCACUGCUCAGGCACAUAAUGUGAUAAAACAUUUUUGUUUGUUUAAUAUAUUAAUCUUCUGUUCUUUAUUUUGAACUGUGUUAAAAUUUAUAUACCUUUUAUAAAAGGGCUUUUUUCUUAUUCUGAAAGUGUAGAAUUGGGUAUCUUAAGAGUAAAAUGUGGGAUCAUUGGUCACAAUUGGUGAAUAGUCAAAGUUCCAUGACUUAAUUAUUUUACUGACUGAGUCUCAUUCCAGAAUGUUGCAGAUUCAAUGGAAUUUUUCAAGAGCAGUAUAUAACAAAAUUUAGCUUAUGUAGAUCUGAUGUUGUGGACUCAGAGAUUCAAAUCUACUAUAGAAGUGGCUCCAUACUUUGAGUGAAAACUUAGAAAAACCUGAUGCAUACACAUCAGUAUAUUUCUUAUUUCUCCAUAAUGUUGAGCGUUCAUAGUUUCCUUUUAUUUGAUGAGUGCACAAUUUGGAAUAUGUUUGCAUCAACCAACAUACAUGUGGCAAAACCAUAUGUUGAUGUGUGAACUUAAUUGGUUAAUAUCAGAACUCAUUCUCUUGGUGAAAUAUUUCUCCAAAGCAUUUAUUUUCAACUGUAAAUAAAACAAACAAAAAAGACAACUUUGCCAGAGUGCACUUGCUCUUGCCAGAAAGGGACACAGGGAGGAAGGGAGGGGGAGGGAGAGAGACAGACUCCCCUCCCCUCAUGGGGGAAGGUUAUAUCACAACCCUUCUCCUCCAUUUCUCCUCCUCUCAAGAUUGUGGGCACAUAUGCACAUGCACCUGGCAUGUUUUUUCCAUGCUACUGGGUUCAGGACUUCAAAUGUUCAAUUGGCUGUGUGGGAACCAGCUGUCUUAACCAUCACACCAUAGGCUGACCCUAAACUGGUAUUUUCUGCUGAAACAAAAUUUUAUGGUAUCAUGCCCACCUUCUCUUUCAUACCCAGAAAGAAAAUUUUUCUCAGAAGAAAAUUAUUUGUGGCUAAACUUAAUAAGACAUUCAUUCAUCUUUUAGACAUACCUUAGAAUCUUAUUGGAUAUCACUCUUCUUUAGUUUAUUGAUAUCUUCAUGUGUUACAUAUCCAGGCUAUUAAUAAUAAUGAAACCUCUUAUUUCAUGUGAGUGGCUAGAUUUUUAGUAUUUUCAGUUAGUGUUUUUGUCUUAACUAUUACACGAUCAUAUUCAUGCUAAUUAUAAUACAAAAGAACUAUUUUUAAUGCCAGUAGAAAGGAUUAAGAACAAUAUUUACUUAAUUGGCUGAUAUGUUUAAACUUUUGUAUAUAUGGUAUUUCAAAGGUUGUAAUUUGAUCUAAAAUAUAUCCAAAUUCUUGGGAUAUUGGGAUCUGACAGGGUUUUAUUAUUUGUAACCAUGAGUGCUUGUUUCUCCCUAUAUUAAAAAUGUUAAUAUUUUGGGAUAACUCUCCAAGUUUUAAAAAAAAGAUUACCUACAAAGACAAAUUCUAACUGUGUGAAGUUUUUAUGGAAAUUUAAAGUAGUGUUUUAAGAGGGAAAGCCUCUGAAAGUUUUUGUGGGUAAGUGUUAAGCUAAAGAACCAUAAAAACAAUAAAUGUAAAAGUGCUUUCUUAUAUAAGUAAACUGUAACUGAUUGAACAUUAAGCAUAUACAAAGUGGUAAUAACUUAUAUUACUUCUUGGUUGCUGAAAAGAAUACUCUAAAAACUACAAGAUCUGAUUAGGAAAAAAAAUGAGUGUCUAAUCAAUAAGGAACAUGGUUUUUUAUUACAUUCAUGUGUAUCUUCUCACAUUAUAUUUGUAGUAUCCAAUCAACUUAAAAAAAAAAAAGAACUUUAUGCUACACGUAGACCUAAAAUACUUUGUUCACCUAAUUGAAUGGCUCACUUAAAUUUAUUCAAUUUCCUUAUACUUUCCAUUAGAAUGAUUCCAUUUCACGUGGAAAUGACCUUGAUAUUUUUCCUAAGCAUUCCAAUGGUGAUGGUAAUACAAUUUGCAUUAAAACAAUUGAUUAUAGAAAAGAACAUGGAAUAAUGGUUUUCAUAGCUUUUCUAAAAGCAUUCUUCCCCUAGUUCGAUUCCAAAUACUUAUGAUUAUUUUUUCUAAUAUAUUAUGAGCUAGUUGUUCCUUCUAUUUCAUUUGUUCCAACAUAAUAUUUACGAAGAAUGCGAAUAGCAUGGUGAAUAGCUGAAAACACAAAAAGAAAACCCCUUCAGUUUGGUAUUGUGGAACAGUAGGUAUUGUGUGAUACCCUGGGAUUUGUUAUAUCUUAUUAUUUUCUCAAAAAGGAGCAUGGCUUUUUCUUAAAUACAUUCAGUUUCAUUACCUGAAAAAGACUGGCCUGGACAAAAAGAUAGAUAUCCUCAAUUUGAGGUAGUACUGCCUUCAAGGUAUGUUCAAAAGUAAAACAAAUCAUUUAAAAAUACAGAUUAUUUAAAGUACCCAACUUCUCCUGUAGGAACGUCUUUACUUUUUCUUUCAUUGCUGAACAUAAGUCAAGGUCCUUAUAACACUAGGAAAUUACUAUUUUUGCUUUCAAAAUUGCAUUAUAGUGAAUUACUGUUUACAAAAUACACAUACUGUGAACAGAUAUAAGUUUUUGUCUUUUAUAAGAUUGUUUGUAGAAUGAGUGUUUUUUUUUAAAGGGGUGUUUUAUGUUAAAUAUAUUCAAUUUUUUAUAAAUACUAGUAACUACUAAUUUUUGUUUGGUCAGAUGCAUGUAAAUGUAGCUGAAAGAGAUAGGGAGAAACUGCAGAUCCAAACUUUCCUUUUUUAUUUCUUGAAAUGUUACCACUAUAGACUGUUUUCCUUAACCUGAAUGACCGGCUUUUAUGUAUUGCACCUAAAAUCAUGUUUCAUUGAAUAAGGAGACAUUCAAAUAAACAUAUACAGGAUGUAAACUAUAGAUUGAAAUGUAUUGGUGUGAUUCAGUGAGAUUCACAGAAUUCUGAUUUUAAUAUAGAUUUUAAAAAGCUCCAUUCACAGAGAUGACACCUAAUGUAAUUCCCAAUUUGUCAAAAUUUGGAUAUUGCUGUUAGAAUGGGAAAUCUGGACAUUUUAUAUAAUCAUAGAAUUUCACAAUUUAGUUUCCAUAUCUUUUGGAAAACAUGGUUAUAGCAAGAACAUAGAAUAUAAGUAACCUGUAACCUAUUACUAAGACACCAUAAAUAUAAAACUAGUAUGCUUGGCUGUUAACUCUAAAGAUGUUACUUAUGUCUGUUUUUAAAACAUGCAUGUAUUUAACAAUUUUAUCAUAGUAUUGUCAUGGGAAAAAAUAAAUAUAUUUUCUUACACUGA